CGUUCGUGCCAUGUUUGCGGAAGUGUCUACAUGGAGCUGAUGCACAUUUAUGUGAUUUAGUAGAAAAAUGGACUUUAAAACCUCAGAUUUUCAGCAAUAAACACACACUCGGAGCAUUCCUGUAUCUACUCAAGAAUGAUGAACCUGCCGAAGGGACCAGACUCUUUGUGUUUUAACAAGGAGGAAUUUAUGAAGGAUGACUUUGACGUGGACAGAUUCGUGGCUGAGUGCAGAAAGCAUGUCCAGCUGGAGCAGAUGCGGGAGGACCUGGAGCAGUAUUACAGGCUCCUCAAAACUGCCAUGGUCGAACUCAUCAAUAAAGACUAUGCUGACUUUGUCAACUUGUCCACUAAUCUUGUUGGAAUGGAUAAAGCCCUCAACCAGCUCUCUGUCCCUCUGGGCCAGUUGCGUGAAGAGGUGCUGAGUCUGAGAUCAGCAGUCAAAGAAGUAAUCCAAGCCAUAGACACACAGUUGUCCAAGCAAGAUGACAUUCAAAAGAAGAAGAUCUGUGUAUUAAGGCUCAUCCAAGUUGUUCGAUCAGUGGAGAAGAUUGAGAAAAUCCUACACUCUCAAAACACCAAAGAUACAACAUCUCUAGAAACAAGCAGUCCUCUCCUAGCGGGUCAGAUUCUGGAGCGAAUUGCCACUGAGUUUAACCAGCUGCAGUUUCAUGCUGUCCAGAGCAAAGGCAUGCCGCUGCUGGAUAAAGUGCGACCGAGGAUUGCUGGCAUUACUGCGAUGCUCCAGCAGUCUCUGGAGGGUCUGCUCAUCCAGGGUCUGCAGACAUCAAACGUGGACAUCGUGCGGCACUGCCUCCGCACCUACGCGACCAUCGACAAGACCAGAGAUGCAGAGGCUCUAGUGGGACAAGUCUUAGUGAAGCCUUACAUGGAUCAGGUCAUAACUGAACAGUUUGUAAAGUCCAGUCCUAACGGUCUUCAGUUGAUGUACGCAAAGCUUCUGGAGUUUGUGCCUCACCACUGCCGACUGCUGCGAGAGGUCACAGGAGGAACCAUUUCCAGUGACAAAUCUGACAUCGUGCCAGGGUAUGACUUCCUAGUUAACUCUGUCUGGCCUGAGAUCAUUAAAAGUGUUGAGGGGAGGAUGUCUUUCCUCUUCAAUCCUGGCAACCCUGAUGCUUUUUAUGAGAGAUACUGCAUUAGCAUGGACUUUGUACGGAAGUUUGAAAGACAGUGUGGCUCUCAGGCUAGUGUGAAGAGACUCCGAGCACAUGCCUCCUACCAAAGCUUCCACAACAAGUGGAACCUCCCUGUGUACUUUCAGCUACGGUACAAGGAGAUUGCUGGAUAUUUAGACAACGCCAUUACAGAUGGAUUAGAAGCAGCUCCAGUGGGCAGCCGCUACCGGCUGCAGGUGACGGAGGUGUUAUGGAGCUGUGUGUGCAGGUGUUGGGCGGAGCACAUCUACCUGCCCCCGCUGGCUCAUCGUUUCUGGAAGCUUACGCUGCAGCUGCUGUCCAGAUAUGCCGCCUUCCUCACGGAGGUCCUAACAAAAACCCCGCCUCCAGAAACUACCAAAGACCCAGUGAGGCCGCUGCCAAGCUCUGCCUCCUCCACAUCAAGCCGCACCUCUCAAGAUGCAGAUAGCGAGAGUGGAGGCCCCACGGCGCUGUCCACCAAGCAGCUCGUCUUCAUCGCUGCUGAUGUGGACCAGUUACAGGAGCAGAUUCCAGAAAUUUCUGUGAUGAUCAAAGACAAACUGGAAGGAAUUGGAUUCAAAAACUUUGCCCUUGUUUCAGAUGCCUUGGAUGACUCCAGAACCGCCUUGUCUGGGUGCAUCCCAAAGCUGAACAAUAGGAUGAAUCAAAAUUUGACGGAGAGGAGCUUCCGCUUCCUGAAAAAUGCUUCAGAAGUCCCACGACUUUAUCGAAGGACCAACAAGGAGGUGCCCACCAGAGCCUCAGCCUACAUGGAUAACGCUUUGCGGCCGCUGCAUCAGCUGGUCAGUGACUCGACAGGGGUGGUGAAGGUCUCAAUCAUCCACGAGUGGCUUCGUGUUACUAUUUCAGACUGCACCCACAGAUACUUUGAGACCAUAUCUGAUGUGCUGAGCUCCGUGAAGAAGAUGGAGGAGAGUCUGAAGAGGUUGAAACAGGCGAGGAAAACAGCCACAACCAGCACAGCAGGAGCCAACACUGGGCCCUCUGACGACACUAAGAUCCGUCUGCAGUUGGCUCUGGAUGUGGAGUAUCUUGGAGAGCAGAUUCAGAAGAUGGGUCUCCAGCCAAGUGACAUCACCAUGUUCUCCUCUCUCCUGGACCUGGUGCAAGAAGCGCGUGAUCUGGCCACAGCAGAGCAGGCCGGCUCCUAAAGGUCACCUUCAGGGUGCCCUCAUCCUACGUAGACAGGAGGUGCUCAAACCGAAUGGCUUCAGCAAGCACAUGCUCUAAGUGGUGAAGGGAGAAUCGUUCGUAAGUUGCAGUUCUUGGAGCCCUGUAGGUCGUAUUACAGAUAUGAGGCAAAAAUCACAGCUGAUCCCAGGACUGUAACCUCUGCCUGUGCGGUGAAGAAGCACACUACAAGAAUGUGUCUACAUGUUCAUAUGUUAUUUAUUGUUAAAUCUUAUCUGAUAAUAUGUGAAGAAAUAGGCCUCAUAUCAAGGUUAACAUGGUUAGAUUGUAUAUUAUGCAAUGUGAAUUCUAAAGGUUUUAGGAUUCAAGACAUGAGGACUUCAUUUGAAGUGAAUUGGCAGUGGGGUUAGUAUGUCAUGAGGUGUCAUGGUGUUGUUAUGACCUGUCAUUCACAGUUACAUCAAGUAAUGACAGCUGAUGUGACAACUUAUGACACGGAACCUAGUCUUCUAAAACUGGUGUCACGACCUAAGCGUUAUCUGUCAGAAUCAAUAACACUUCAGCCACAGUGUCACCUCUGAGGCCUGCCAAUCAACAUGAAGCCUCACUGGAUCCUUCUGGCAUUUUAAACACCAUGUUAACAUGGCUGUUAGCAUUUACAUGUUGUUUUACUGGACAAAAAUGGGACUUCUGUAACUUUUAACCAUAGCUUUGACAAUAAAAUGUUUGGAUAAUA